AUGAACGGAAACGAAGCCGCGGUGGAUGCAAAGGUGGUAGAUGAGGAGGAUUCAACAGAGAAAACGGUUUACAUGUGGGGUUACCUUCCUGGAGCAUCGUCGGAGAAAGCUCCGAUACUGUCUCCGACGGCGGUUAAUCUCUCCGAUCCUUCCUUUUUCGGAGAUUCGUGGAAAGACAUUUGCGGUGGUGGUUGUGGAUUCGCCGUAGCGAUAUCAGAGAAAGGGAAGCUGGUAACGUGGGGAUCGGCAGAUGAUGAGAAUCAAAGCUACAUGAUGUCAGGAAAGCAUGGGGAGAAUCCAGGGGCUUACAAGCUUCCCACUGAGGCUUCAGUGGUGAAAGCUGCUGCUGGUUGGGCUCACUGUGCAACUGUCACUGAAGAUGGUGAUGUAUAUUUAUGGGGCUGGAAAGAAUGCGUGCCUUCUGGAAGAGUUUUUACUGAUCUCAUCACUGCAGGGAGCCCCCAAAAGGAUCUUGCUACGAAAAAUAGUUCAUCGGUAGCCGAGCAAGAAAGCCCCCAAAGCCCAAACACUAGUAGCGGAUCUGACUCUCAUCCCGACAACAAGGAAGUUGGAGAAGAAGCUGGAAAGCGAAGGAAGGUUUCAUUUGCCAAACAGGAAUCUGACAGUCAAGCUUCUGGAGAUGAUUUCUUUAUUGUAUCUCCUUCUCUUGUUACCAUUGGCCAAGGAGUGAAAAUUACCUCGGUAGCAGUUGGUGGGAGGCAUACCUUGGCACUGUCAGAUGUGGGACAGGUCUGGGGUUGGGGCUACGGAGGCGAAGGACAGCUAGGUAUGGGUUCUCGAGUAAAGAUGGUAUCAUCCCCUCAUCUUAUACCGUGUAUUGAGUCUCAUUCUGGGAAGGAUAGGCCAUCUUUUCACCAAGGAAGCAGUGCUGGAGUUCAAGGUCCUGGGAGUUAUGUGGUGGAAAUAGCAUGUGGAGGUCGGCAUAGCGCUGUGAUAACAGAUGCUGGAGCUCUUCUUACUUUUGGCUGGGGUCUGCAUGGACAGUGUGGGCAAGGGAAUAAUGCUGAUCAGCUAAGACCAACUCUAGUUCCUUCUUUAUUGGGAGCUAGAGUGAAAAAAAUCGCUGCUGGACUCUGGCAUACAUUGUGUGUUACAGUAAAUGGUCAAAUUUAUGCUUUUGGUGGGAAUCAAUUUGGACAAUUAGGUACUGGCAAUGAUCAGCCUGAGACUUCACCUAGACUGUUGGAUACUUUUGAGAACAAUCUCUCUAGAAUAGUUUCUUGUGGUGCUCGUCAUAGUGCUUUGCUAACAGAUGACGGUCACCUUUUCACUUGGGGAUGGAACAAGUAUGGCCAGCUUGGCUUGGGAGACUCUGUCGACAGAAACAUUCCCUGUCGAGUUUCUAUUUCCGGUUGCCGUCCAAGACAUGUUGCUUGUGGUUGGUGGCAUACAUUGCUGAUGGUAGAUAAACCUGUUUGA